AUGAGUAUCCAAACAACUUCUUCUUCAGGUAAUCAUAUUUGUUCUUCCCGUUGGAAGUAUGACGUCUUUAUAAGCUUUAGAGGUGAAGAUACCCGGAAGAAUUUCACAGAUCAUCUAUAUGAUAUUUUGAUUCGAGAAGGAGUUACUGUUUUUAGAGAUGCCGAAGAACUUGAUAGAGGAAAACCCAUUUCAUUGGAGCUCCUUCGAGCAAUUGAAGAAUCAAGAUUUUCGAUUGUCGUCUUCUCAAGAAACUAUGCUAAUUCCUCUUGGUGCUUGCAUGAAAUUGCUAAGAUGGUUGAAUGUAAGAAAACAAUGGGACAAACUGUUUUUCCCAUUUUUUAUGAUGUUGAUCCAUCCACGGUAAGGAAUCAAACAGGGACGUUUGAGCAAGCUUUUGCUAAGCAUGAUAAGGACAAUAAACAAAAUGUUCAAAUAUGGAGGAAUGCUGUAACAGAGGUUGCCAAUCUCUCUGGAUGGGAUGUGAAAAACAGCAGGCACGAAUCAAAACUCAUACAUGAUAUUGUCAAAAAAAUAUCAAUUGAAUUAAGUCAAACAACAUUGAUGACUUCUAAGGGCCUAGUAGGAAUAAAUUCUCGCCUUAAGGAACUGAAGUUGCUGAUAGGUACUGGGUCUAACGAUAUUCGCAUGAUAGGGAUAUGGGGAAUGGGAGGAAUAGGCAAGACAACAAUUGCAAGAGUUUUUUAUGACUUGUUUUCAUAUCAAUUUGAAGGGAGUGCUUUUCUUGCCAAUGUCAGGGAAAUUUCAAGAAAAAGUGGCCUGGUUACUUUACAAAGGCAACUUCUUUUGAAAAUUCUAAGGGGAAGAGAUAAUAACAUAUGCGAUGAGACUGGAUUGGUUGGGUGGUUUGUUCUCUAG